AAGUUUAAUAAUUGGUGUGGUUGCGGCCCUGUUAAGAUAUACAUGUGUACAUAUACACAUACGGAGCUUUGCUUAUCUUGUAUACGUGACUGGCCAUGAUACAGAACAGACGAGAAACAUGAAGGUCGUUGUUGUCUUGGCUUAUCUUCAGGGGUUCGCCACAGCAUUCCCCACUACCGAGCAGCUCGAGGUGUAUUGCUCCACCAGCGCGCAAUGCGCGGCUGAUGAGUGCUGCGUAAGUUUCUACCAGCCGGAUGGUCGCCGCCGUACCGUCGUCGAACAUUUGGAAACACGACACAUGCGCUUUGUUGACGGCAGUUGUCACAAAAACGGCACCAGUGGCUCUAAGUGCUUUGUGCACGAGCUCUCGACAGGCACGUCUGGUUUGUUCUACGAUUGCCCGUGUACUAGCGGCUACAAAUGCCAGGGGUCGGGAAUGGUGGAAGUUCCACUAGGGGAAACUGGGACCUGCCAGGUUGCGGCAGUCACGGUGACGUCGACGCUUCACCAACCAUGCGCUUCCGGUGCGGACUGCAGCGACAACGAGUGUUGCGUCAAUGAUGAUCGACCCAUCGGAAAGCGUUCUCUGACUAUGGGAUACGCCCACUGUCAGUCUAUGGGAUUGGACGGGUCUGGCUGUUUGGUGCGCUACGGAUCCGGCAAACCUAACGGCACUGUGUUCCGGUGCCCGUGUUCCUCUGGCCUCACGUGUCAUGGCAACCACGUGUUUGACAUGCCGCUGGGCGAGACCGGCACAUGCGGUGCUUGAAACGGUUUUGAUUGCUUGUAACAAGUGGACGUCUCAUUCACAUUUCUGUUGUAUAUUACGUUGUUUAGAUUUUAAAAUAAAAACAGAACACCAA